UGCACCUGUUGCUGUUGAGAUGGAGCAGCAGACUAGUAAACCUACUGACCAAAAAGCCAAAGAGGAAGAUAAUGCUGUGUGUCUCUGUCCAGCAAAACCCUCCCCCAGUUAUAUUAAUCUUCAAGCAAAUUCCUUGCCAGCCACUUUCUUGAACAUCCAGACAACAGAGCUGCCUUCAGGAGCUGGCCAGAAGCCCAAGGAAUGCCUAGGACUCCUAGAGAGUGUGUGUGCCAACCUCCAGCUUCAGACCCAGCUUGCCCAACAACAGAUGGCUAUUUUAGAAAACUUGCAAGCUUCCCUAUCACAACUGGGUCCUGGGCAGGAAAGCAACAAGGGUUCUCUCCCAGUCUUAUAUUGCAGUCUGUUGUUAAAUCACCUGCCCCAACUCGAUAAAUGA